AUGUUAGAAGAAGGGGACACAGGAUCGGGAGAUUUGGAUCAGGGUUCCGGAAUGAGAAGGGUAACCGUCUUGUUAGGCCAACUCCAUUUUUAUGAAGAGAGAACACCGGCGGUGGACAUGGAAGUCUUGCAACGUAGUGGCUCAAACCACCGUCUUCUUCGAACAAUAAUGCGAUUUAUCCGAAAGCUGGAAAAGAAGAUCUGCCACUGUGUUGGAGGAGGAGAGAAGUCGUAUGUGACGGCUUCAGAUUAG